CUCCCCAGAGGCCUGUGGCUGGACCCCUUCUGCCCAACUCAAACUUAGGGGGAGCGGCUCCUGCCUGCCUGGGAAGAGGGCUCUGACCUCCACCUCCUGCGCUCCGUCUGGUCUGUCAGUCCCUGGGAACGGCCACCUCCUGCUCUUUUUCUUUCUCCUUUUAAGUCUCUGUUUCCCCUCUUCCUGAACUACUUCUCUGAGCCACAGGCUCCGUCCUCCUCCGGUCUCUGGCUCCGGCAUCUGUCUGGGCUCCCGGCCUCCCUCUCCCGGCCUCCGCCCCUCCCCCGCGCUGUCAUUCACCCCGCUCCUCUCCGCUCACAGCCAAUGGAGAGACCGGGCCGGAGCGGCUAGGCUCCCUCGCACCGGGCUUUUUCGCCCGGUGAUUGAUGUCCCAGAGUCAACAGCGAGCGAGCAGCCGGAGAGGGGAAGGAGCCGCCGGAGAGGAGUAGGAUACGGCGCCCCCUCUCUCCUCCCCUCCCCCCCACUUUAGCCUCGUGCGGACUUCGCCUCCGAGUCUCGGCGAGGCCAGGAACCGCUCCUGCUCCCGCGCCCCUGCGCGCUGCACCCGGAGCGGAAAGCAGCGAGUCCCGCCGCCCGGGCCCCCCGCCCCCCUCCCCGCGGGGCCGGGGCCGGGGCGGGGGUCGGCAUGGAGCACCUGGGGCCGCACCACCUCCACCCGGGCCACGCGGAGCCCAUCAGCUUCGGCAUCGACCAGAUCCUCAACAGCCCGGACCAGGGCGGCUGCCUGGGGCCGAACUCGCGCCUGCAGGACGGGGACUACGGCCUCGGCUGUUUGGUCGGAGGCGCCUACGCUUACGGCGGCGGCGGCGCGGGACCGGUGGCCGGGGCGGCGGCCGCGAACGCGGGGGCCUACGGCGCGGGCGGCCCGAGCGGCCCCGGGGGCCCGGCGGGCGGCGGGGGCGGCGCCUGCAGCAUGGGCCCGCUGGCCGGCGGCUCCUACAGCGUGAACAUGGCCUUGGCGGGCGGCCCGGCCCCGGGCGGCGGCGGCGGCGGCGGCGGGGCGCUGAGCGCGGCGGGCGUGAUCCGGGUGCCCGCGCACAGACCGCUCGCUGGCGCGGUGGCCCACCCGCAGCCUCUGGCCACCGGCUUGCCCACGGUGCCCUCCGUGCCCGCCGUGCCAGGCGUCAACAACCUCACCGGCCUCACCUUCCCCUGGAUGGAGAGCAACCGCAGAUACACAAAGGACAGGUUCACAGUGGCCCUCUCACCCUUCACUGUAACACGCCGUAUAGGUCACCCCUAUCAGAACCGGACGCCCCCCAAGAAGAAGAAGCCGCGCACGUCCUUCACGCGCCUGCAGAUCUGCGAGCUGGAGAAGCGCUUCCACCGCCAGAAGUACCUGGCCUCCGCCGAGCGCGCCGCGCUGGCCAAGGCGCUCAAGAUGACGGACGCCCAGGUCAAAACCUGGUUCCAGAACCGCCGCACCAAGUGGAGGCGGCAGACGGCGGAGGAGCGCGAGGCCGAGAGGCAGCAGGCGAACCGCAUCCUCCUGCAGCUGCAGCAGGAGGCCUUCCAGAAGAGCCUGGCGCAGCCGCUGCCCGCCGACCCGCUCUGCGUGCACAACUCCUCGCUCUUCGCUCUGCAGAACCUGCAGCCCUGGUCGGACGACUCCACCAAGAUCACCAGCGUCACGUCUGUGGCUUCGGCCUGCGAGUGAGCCUUCCCAGCCCCCAUCCCUGGGGCCCCGGCCCAGCCAAGGGGGUCAGCGCGGAGGCCUGAGAGCCAGGACUCUCUCCUGCCCUACCGGCCU